GCUUUACUGUAAUCAGUGACAGCUGGGGAAAAAGCAAGGGAACGCAAGGAGAGAGGGACAGAGAAGAGAGAGGGUAAAGAGUGGAAGAAUAAGGGAAAGGGGGACUUCAGCAAACACACAUCCCUCCCCCUCCUCUUCUCUGUAGUUUGCCAUCGGAGGAACAAGUUAAUCUGCCUUUUGAGAUACCGAGGCGCGGAGGGGUGAGGAGUUACAGAAAGGACAGGCAGCAGGACGAAGCAAAGGAUCCGGAGAGAGGACCUCCUUAUCUUCUCCUCGGCGUUCUCUCCACCAUCUCCGUGUGUGUGUGUGUGUGUGAGUGAGAGAGAGUGUGUGUGAGUGAGUGUGAGAGAGAGUGUGUGUGUGUGUGUUUCUUCCUCACGAUGGGAAACGCGGCGGCCGCCAAGAAAGGCAACGAGCUGGAGAGCGAGACUUUUGUGAAAGAGUUUUUAGCCAAAGCCAAAGAAGAUUUCCUACGAAAAUGGGAAUGUCCACCACAGAGCACAACUACCCUCGACGACUUUGACAGACUGAAGACCCUCGGCACAGGCUCCUUCGGAAGAGUCAUGUUGGUAAAACACAAGGGAACAGAGCAGUUUUACGCCAUGAAAAUCCUGGAUAAACAGAAGGUGGUGAAAUUGAAGCAAAUAGAACACACACUAAACGAGAAGAGAAUAUUACAAGCAGUAUCGUUUCCCUUCCUCGUCAGACUGGAAUAUGCCUUCAAGGAUAAUUCCAAUUUGUAUAUGGUGAUGGAGUACGUACCGGGCGGUGAGAUGUUCUCACAUCUAAGAAGAAUUGGAAGGUUCAGUGAACCCCACGCACGGUUUUAUGCAGCACAGAUAGUCCUGACCUUUGAGUACCUCCACUCGCUAGACCUCAUCUAUAGAGACUUGAAGCCUGAAAACCUGCUCAUUGACCAGCACGGAUACAUACAGGUCACUGACUUUGGGUUUGCAAAAAGGGUGAAGGGCAGAACCUGGACGUUGUGCGGAACCCCAGAGUACCUGGCGCCGGAGAUCAUUCUCAGCAAGGGAUACAACAAAGCUGUGGACUGGUGGGCACUGGGUGUGCUCAUAUAUGAAAUGGCUGCAGGCUACCCGCCGUUCUUCGCGGACCAACCCAUUCAGAUCUAUGAGAAGAUUGUGUCUGGAAAGGUACGAUUUCCGUCCCACUUUAGUUCAGAUUUGAAAGACCUGCUGAGGAAUUUGCUUCAGGUGGACUUGACGAAACGGUACGGCAACCUCAAGAACGGCGUCAACGAUAUUAAAAACCACAAAUGGUUUGCUACAACAGAUUGGAUCGCCAUCUACGAGAGGAAGGUGGAAGCUCCAUUCAUACCAAAGUGCAGAGGCCCCGGAGACACAAGCAACUUCGACGACUACGAAGAGGAGGACAUCCGCGUAUCUGUUACAGAAAAAUGCGCAAAAGAGUUUGCAGAGUUUUAGUGUGGACAUAUCAGAGCUAUACGUGUAUAUACAUAUACGUAUAUGUAUUUAUCUAUCUACAUAUAUAUAUGUAUAUAUAUGAGUGUGUGACUGUGUGCGUGUGAAUGCGCGUGCGGGUGUGUGUCUAUCACACAACAGACAAAAUAAGGGGAUCUUUGCACUCUAACGACGUGGAGGUGGAGCAGAGAUCACAUCAACCCCAGUUCCUGCAUAGUUCCUUCAUUCCAUCUGGUACACUCAGCGGUCAGCAUGGCCCUCUUGCUUCUAAAGCACUUAUCAUAACAUGUUACUUUUACACGUUACACUGUCAUCACCUUUUUUUUUUUUUCUUUUAGUCUCUUAUGACGACAUGCAUUGUUGUCUUGGAUGUUGUUUCCCCAGUUUUUUGAAAGGGGUCGCUCACGGGAAAAGUCAAAUGUCCAGUUUUAACCCUUACCCUUAAAGUAGUGAAGACAGUUUGUUGUCUGUUCGCUUCUUUAGUUUUGCACGGGAGCCAUGAGGCUGAUGUAAUAGAAGCUUUUAGCUUUGUCCCAAUUCAGGGGCUGCAUGAUUUAAAGAAGGUGGUCUGUGAAGGCCUGUCUGGCACGCAGUGAACCUCGGCUAUGUUGGCUGGCUCUUGAAGUGGGACAGCCUAGUCGCGCCUGCAAAUGCAGCCUCUGAAGGAUGCAGCCCCUGAAUUGGGACACCGCUAUUGUCAACCAAAACAACUUCUAUUGCUUGUUAACUAUAUUAGCCUUGCAGCUGACACAAAACUAAAGAAGCAAGCCUUCAGACAACAAACAUGUCUCUGCUGAUUGAUUGUUUUGGGCUAAAGGGAAAGGAUUCGCUGCAUCACUUUAAAGGCCAGUGGAAAAGGGUUUUGUACAAUGAGCGUGGGACUUGUGGGAGAAGGCCAACGAACCUCGUAACGUGUCAACACAGUCUGGCUUCGUGUCACUUGCGAUGCUGGCAGUGUCGCAUGGUUGUGAUUUGAAAGAUAGAUGUUGCCUCUAGCACUCGAGUUUUGUCUGUUACAUUUGUUUCUUUGCUUUUUUGUUUGUUUAUUUUUCUCUACUUUUGACUUGUCCUCUUACCUCACACUAGACCUCUGACCAUGUUUCUUGUUUAUAUCUGUCUGUUAGAUUUGAAAGGGUUCUACAUCAGGCAGUGAGAGAGUGGAACGCCUGACCAAAUCUACUGAGCUGUUGGUGGCUGAGAUGGAGGUCCUCCAUAUUUGCCUUAGAAAGCCCAACACUAUUGAGCCCACUUAGGGAUGUAUCGGUAGAGAGAGAUUAAAAGCAAAUUAUCUGCAUCGGGCCGAUGAUUAGAUUUGACUGAUGUCUCAAACUGAUGUUUUAUGACUCCAUUUAUUGGACUCCAGAAGAGCUUAGCAUUGAGGGCAGUGGUUCUGAGACCGGUCCUCAGGGACCCCCGGAUUGCUGUAUCCCUACGGGUUCGAUGGAGCAAAACUGGGCUGCCUGGGAAUCUCUGAAAACCGGUUUGAGAACCACUGGUUUAGCGGCUGUUGGGUAUCUGCACUAAACUGUCUGCAUUUUAUACGUUUUACUGCAUUUCUAACACUUCACAGAUGUUACAUUUUCUCCGAAAUGCUCGUUCAAUGGACGGAGUCCCGGUUUUUUUAAAUCUGCACGCCUUGGCGUUGGCAGAUAAUCGCAUCAGAAGUAUCAGAGAUCAGCCCAGAAUUCCCAUGUCGGUGCAUCCCUACACUUAAUGUAUGUCGUUAUGUUACAGUGAUCCGUAUGCAGCCUUAUGUUACAGCCUGCCCACGCUAAAACACUCAAUUCACCCUGACUUCUUGGCUUUUUUUAACUUAUUUUACAAACACGCUCUGUUGGUAACACUUUACUGAAGGGUAGCGUUCAAAAACUACGUGACAUCUGUAUAAAGCUUUCAUAACACUGACAAACCUAUAUAACCUACAUUUAUUAAGGCUUAUUACACCCUCGUCAGUUGUCAAAACUUGCUGAGGUGAAACUACAUUAAAACUGACAGUAGCGACCUUUGGUGCAUGUUGGAAUAGGGUUGCGUGAUAUGGUUCCUCAGGUUGAUGGAGAAUGUGCUGUAGAUGAUUCUAUAUAGAACCUUUUUGAAAAGGGUUCCAUAUAGCACCAAAAAAGGGUUCAAGCUUGACAUCGUAACUUUUCAAAAGGGUUCUGUGUAGAACCAUAUGUAACAUGUUCUCAGUCAGUCUGAAGAACCAUUUUGUGAUGCAGAGAACCCUUGAAAUCAUGCAAUCAAUUUAAUCAUGGUUCUGUAUAGAAUGGUUUUCUUUACUAAAGAACCGUCUUUUUAAGAGUGAAGGGUUGUCAGAUGUCCUGAAAGGCUUACAAAUGCUGCCGCUCAGCAAAGUGUUAGCGUUGUGGUGAACUCCUCAGGUGUUUUUCUGUUGUCUACACAAAUAGUUUCCGCUUAAAAUGUUAAGAUUUGGCUCAGAACUCUUAAAUUCAAAGUACUGUUUGACAAAUUUAGUAUUAAGAACUGCCACAAAUGCUCGUGGUCUCCUGAAAGCAGUGUAGUUUGUUCUGUUAUCAGUGAUCUUGUGUUCUUGUUCUUUGCUGAAACGAAUUCCUGAUCAUGAAACUUAAAACGAGCGAAGCCUGUGGGUUUAGCUUGUUUUAAGGCUGUCGGAUAUUUAAGCUACAGAGUUCUUACAAAAUUCAAAAAUUCCCAAACUGUCAGAAUCCAUUGCUCCCUAUUGUCCCUGAUCUUGCCCCCGUUUUUGCUGUUGAACUUCGUCCUUGUUUUUUCCCCCGACAGGACUAGUUGCAACUUGUAGGUUUGUGUAUCGUUUGCAAAGCUUGAUUUCUAAGGUACGUUUCUCACAGACCCACAUACUGAAAAGGAUUUGGAAAAGGAUUCAAGAGAAACGAAACAGACUGGGGUUUCUUAGCCUCGGCUCCUUUGUAUCACAAUUCAGUUGUUGUUCUGCUCAUAAUGCAUAUAUGCAUUAUUUCUUAUAUCUGUUUUUAUUUAUACACAUUAGAGAUGCUAAUAAAUUUUAUUUUUAAAAUUGCA